UUUGGCGCGAUCUUCGAUCAGAAGAGAAAAUCAUCCACAAAGUGAAAAUUUGACCCUGAAAUUCAACUAAAAUUCUUCAUUUUCAAUAAAUAAUAAUCAGACAGGAACGUUUUAUGGAAUAUAAGGAUGUCUGCUGCGCGCAGGUCUGCAAGGGCAAAAAAGCAAGUUGACUACAGUCUGACUGAUUCUCCUGAUAACAGUGACGAUGACUUCCAGGAUUCUCCCAGUGGUCCUCCGCCUAACAAGAAACCCAAGACAGCUACCAAAUCAAAGACAAAAGCUAAACCAGAUGAAAAGAUAGCAAAGGAAAAACCAUCAUCUACAAGAAAGCAAAGACUUUCACUUGAAGAGAAGAUGUAUCAAAGAGAGCUAGAAGCAGCGAUUGAAGCAUCUAAAAAAGAAUCUCAAUCAAGUGACGAAGCAAAACCAGAUAAUGAUAGUACAAACAAGGAGAAUGAAGAUAGGGAGGUAGUAAAGGGAAUGUCACAUGAAGAAGUGGCUGCUUCUAUGAGCAAGAAUCAAGAAGAACUGGAUUCCAAAACUCCAAGUAGCACAGAACAAGAGGAAGAUAAAAGUGAUGAGGAUGAUAAGGAAGGCGAUGGUGAUGAUGAUGAAGAUUUCACUGAUGACAUUGAAGCUGAAGCAAGUGAUGAUCUUAAUGAUGAGGACAGUGAUUUUGAUAAAGAAAAAGAAAAGAAAAAGAAAACUAAGAAUAAGAAAACCAAAGGACCAGAACCAGUACAUUCAUCGCCUUCUAAAGUAGGGAUUAAGCCAAGAACCAGUGUCACAGUGACGCCAAUAAAGAUGCUUAAAAGUCAAGCUAGGAAAAGGAACACAGAUUCCUCCAAGGGCAGUAGUAUAAAGUCAAUUUCAUCUGCCGAUUCUGGAUCAGCCUCUAAUUCACCCCAAAUAUCUGUUGCAAAACCCAACAUUUUAUCUUCAUCAUCAUCAUCUACAAAUUUCUUAACUUCAUCAAGUCUCCGCAAGAGUCCAGGAACAGGACUUGGGAGCGUCAAAAUCCAGUCAUCUGGUACUCUACGACUAGGAUUAUCAAGAAAUGUACGUGUGAAGCCUUUACUCUCCAAAAUAUCAGUACAUCAUUAAAUAAAAUGCUUUAUUGGAUAAUAUUAUUAAAGACUAUAAUUAUAUUACAAAGUAACACUUCUGUUCUGCCACUCCAUCGUACAAUCUACAAUGUACUCUGCAAGAUGUUUGGAAAAGGUUCCAUCUGGCCAGCUGUUGUCAUGGACACAAAGUUCUGUGUAUUUCUUCAUGUUGCCAUAGUUUCUGAGUGUUUCAAGUUAGUGGCAGAAUUCUUUUUAAUGAUUGAUUGAGGUCCCAUGAAGGCUGCUAUUGUCAUGGAAACAAAGAUAGGUAUCUUUGUAUCAUCAUGGUUUCCUGAGUGCCUUAAGGUGGUUGCAGAUAUUGGCAGGUGAACUGCAGUAUUUAACUCAACUGUCCUAUCUACCAAUCAAAUAUACCUCAAAAACUUUUUUCCUGUUGGAAAUUCAUGCCAUUCAUGUACUGAUUAAUGCUUGCAUUGAUAUAUCAGGCAUGUUUAUUGUCUUGGACUCUCCAUCACUUCUUAUCACAUUAACCCUCAAGCUGUCUGACCCUUCCUUUUAAAUUACUGUAUGACCAACUUUUAAGUUACACUCUUUAGAGUACUUUUCAUCAUCCAUAACUUUUAGAUUUUGGGGGUUCUUUUAGCUUCUGUCAAACAAUAAUUAUUACUAUAAACUCAUACCAACCUAACUUUGAUGAAUGAAAACAAAAACAAAAAUAUGCUGCAUCCAGAACGGACCUUUUUCAUUGCAGUAUUUACGGGUGUGUUUCUGGGCCUUAUCCCUAGCGGUUAGCAGUAAACCUGAUGCUAAAGGUGAGUCUAGUGUUGUGAGAUAACAGGUUUUUGCAAAGUCUAACAUUAUUUUGAUUGGAAUCCAAUUAUUACCCAUUAACAAUAACAAGAGAAGUAGGAACAUAGACACUGAGUACUUAUAAUACAACUAUUAAACUAUUAGAGUGAUGUUAUUUAAUUAACCUGUGAAAUAGAUACACUAUAUCUGCCAUUUUUCUUUAUUUGAUUAUUAAACAUUGAACAUUAUCAUUAUUAUUUUGGUUGGCUAAAUAAAAUCACUCUAUGUACAUAUCAAUAUAUAAGUAAUACUGUACAAAUAAAGAUAUCAUUAACUGUG